GUACUCCUUGUCCUUGUAAUUUUUCUAGGUUUUCAUUUUUUCACCUUACGAAACCACCUCUCAUCAAUAUCUACUUCUGAUUAUUUAUUAUUAUUAUUAUUGGUCUUGUGGGUCUUCCUGUGGGUUCUUGCUACUUCUGCAUAAUAUACUAUGCUAGGUUCUCUAAAUUCUUCUUCUUCUCAUGACCAAGAAGAAGAGGAAGCCAUAGAUCUGCAGUACCAGCUGAUGCCACGGGCAUCGCCUGUAGCAUCCGGAGGAACUACUUCUGGGUUCACCUCCUCAGCUAACCACAUGCGCCAAUUGCUCAUCACCUGUGCAGAGCUCAUCUCUCAGUCUGACUUCUCCGCCGCCCACCGCCUUAUCUCUGUUUUGUCUGCUAAUUCUUCCCCUUACGGUGACUCUAGGGAGAGGUUGGUUCACCAGUUUGUUAAGGCACUUUCUCUCCGCCUCAAUCCCCAUGGCGCUGCCAUGACCAGAGUCUUGAUGAAUAUUGCAAAUCCUUCUGCUGCUGUUGGUGGUGGCGGUGGUGGUGCUAGCAGUGUCACAGCCAGUGCUGUUAAUGUGGGUUCUUUGAUUACUAGGGAGUCCGAGGAGGAAGCUCUUCAAUCUUGCUAUCUUUCCCUUAACCAAAUAACCCCAUUUAUAAGGUUCAGCCAUUUAACGGCAAAUCAGGCAAUCUUGGAAGCCAUAGAAGUAGGGCAACAAGCCAUUCACAUCAUAGAUUUUGAUAUUGUGCAUGGAGUGCAAUGGCCUCCAUUGAUGCAGGCCUUAGCAGAGCGCUCCAGCAACAACAUUUACCCUCCUCCCAUGCUCCGAAUCACCGGAACUGGCCAUGAUCUGAACAUUCUCGACAGGACUGGAGACCGUCUUUUGAAGUUUGCUCAGUCUCUAGGCCUCAAAUUCCAAUUUCAUCCUCUUCUCCUCCCGAACAAUGAUGCUUCUUCUCUUCCCUCUGCCAUUACCCUUCUACCAGAUGAAGCCCUGGCGGUUAACUGCGUCCUCUAUUUGCACAGGCUCUUAAAAAAUGACUCUCGAGACCUUCGUAUCUUUCUCCACAGAAUAAAGGCCUUGAACCCCAAGGUGGUUACUAUAGCAGAAAGGGAAGCUAACCACAACCACCCAUUCUUCUUGCAGAGAUUCUUGGAGGCUUUGGAACACUACGCUGCUCUCUUCGACUCCUUGGAGGCAACCCUGCCACCCAACAGCAGGGAGAGGCUGGCCGUAGAGCAGAUAUGGUUUGGGAAAGAGAUCAUGGACAUAGUGGCAGCAGAGGGAGAAGAAAGAAGAGAACGGCAUGAAAGGUUUGAAUCAUGGGAAAUGAUUCUAAGGAGCGCUGGCUUCACCAAUGUUCCGUUGAGCCCUUUUGCACUCUCGCAGGCCAAGCUCCUCCUGCGGCUCCAUUAUCCUUCUGAGGGUUACCACCUACAGAUUCUCAACAAUUCUUUCUUCUUAGGUUGGCAGAAUCAUGCUCUUUUCUCAGUCUCUUCCUGGCACUGAUCAUUACCCAAUAAGUAUUAAGAGCCCUGAGCUAAUUAAACCCAACCACUAUCAAUGCCCACAAGAAGAAAAGAGGAGAAGAUAGCUAGUGGAUAUAUAAUUUAUGGAGUGAGUAAAAUCUUUUCUUUCUGCUCAUUCAUAUUUGCUUUAUCAUUACUCAUUAGAGUUUAGAGUUUAUUAAUUUCUAUAGCUAUGACCCACAACCAGCAGUAUUCCCACUAUUAACUUGAAAAAAAAAAAAAAAAAAAAAAAAAAACUCCUCCAAUAUACAAACCUCUUUUCUCAGCCUACAUUGAUAUUAAGAUGAAAAUGCUGUGGUGAUGAUUAGUGUAGUGUGUGCAUGCAUGGGCAUCCAAGCUCUGGCCAUCUGAAUCUGAAACGUUGCAUGAAUGAUUUUUGGAAGGAAUCAACAAGCAGCUAGCUGGUAGCUUCAUCCAUAGACACAUUACAAAUGACACAACAUUUCUUUGAUGGGUUAAUUUCUUCUAUCUCGAGGAGCUGAAACUGAUAAUGAUUUAUUUGAUAUUUGAUAUAUAUAUUUAUACACUUAAUUAUA